GGGGGGUCCCUACAGAUUAUAUUGGCCCUGAGGGGAUCCCCGCGCUCCCUCUGGGAGGGCGGACACAGCUCCAGACCCCCAGAACCGCGGAGGGAGAAGGUUUGUGCCGCCCUGAGGGGAUCUUUAGCCGCAUGUACGCGCUCUAUGGUCCCGCCGGGGAGGACUGAGCGCUGCGCUCCGCCCGGCCGCUCUGGCCGCCUUGGAGGUCUAAACUUCAGCGCUCUCCCGGCCGCUCUGGCCGCCUUGGAGGACCGAACUCUAUGAUCCUAAAGCCCGGCGGUGCUCGGGCGUCUCUAUGACCCGCCGGGGUAGAGCGGCCACUUCCGGCCCCGCCUGAGGGGGGGGGAGCCGAGCGCCAAGAUGGCGCAGGCCCUGUCGGCCGAGGAGUUCCAAAGGAUGCAGGCGCAGCUGCUGGAGCUGCGCACCGAGAAUUACCGACUGUCGGAUGAGCUGCGCAAGAACGGCGCCGAGCUGUCGGGGCUGCGGCAGCGGGUGCAGACGCUGGACAGGGACCUGGCCAAGGCCAACAAGGCUCUCAGCAAGAGCAAGAAGGCCCAGGAGGUGGAGGCGCUGCUGGGGGAGACCAGGAUGCUGCAGGGGAAGCUGCAGAGCCAAGAGGACGAUUUCCGUCUGCAGAACAGCACCCUGCUGAGGGAGCUGGCCAAGCUCUGUGCCCAGAUCGAGGGGCUCGAGGAGGAGAACCGGCGGCUGCAGGAGGGGGGGGGCGGGGGGAGCCCCCCGAGACCCCCCCGGGGCCCCCCAAGACCCCCCCGGGACCCCCCCGAGCUCGGCCCAGCCCCCCCAGGGCGAUGGGGGGGCCCCCGAAGUGUCCUUGAGAAGAAAUUUCGGUUCCCGGAAUUUUGGGGGUCCCAGCGCCUGCAGGAGGAGAAGGAGACGCUGCUCCAGGAGAGCCGGGCCCGCUGGGACGCGCAGGCGCAGGAGCUGCAGGCUCGGGGCCGGCGGCUGCAGCAGGAGCUGGAGGCGGCCACCAAGGCCCAGGGGGGGCUGCGGGAGCUGAGCGAGGCCCAGGCCCGGGAGCUGCGGGACAGCCGGAGCCAGAGGGAGAGCCUGGAGAGGGAGCUGCAGGUGUGCUCAGGUGAGCGGGAGGAGCUGCGCCAGCGCCUGCACGAGGCCGAGGCCGCCCAGGAGCGGCUGCGGGAGGAGCAGGAGCAGCAGCGGGGGCAGCUCGAGGAGGAGCUGGGGCAGCUGCGGGCGGCUCUGGGGGAGGAGCAGCGGCUCCGGGAGCUGCACGAGGCCGAAGGACGCGCCCUGAGACAGGAGCUGAAGGACGUGCGGGACGGGCAGCGCAUCCUGGAGAAGAAAGGCAGCGCCGCUCUGAAGGACCUGCGGAGGCAGCUGCAGCUGGAGCGGCGCCGGGGGGAGCGGCUGCAGGAGCGGCUGCAGGAGCUGCUGGUGCCCAGCAGGACCCGCUCGGGGCUGGAGGAGCUGGGAUUGGACGGGGGCUCGUCCCCGGGGCGGGGCCCGGGCGGGGACAGCAGCUCCGUGUCCUCAUUGGGCCGCGACGGCUCCGCCCCCGGCAGCACCAAGUCGGGCUCGGGCAGCCCCGGGGGCGGCAGCGCCGGGGGGGUCCCGGCCGGGGGGGGCCUGUCCCCGGCAGAGGUGGCUGAGCUGUUCCAGAGGCUCGCCCAGAGCCAGCAGGAGCGCUGGCUGCUGGAGGAGAAGGUGAGGCACCUGGAGGUGUCGAGCGCGUCCAUGGCCGAGGAUCUGUGCAGGAAAAGCGCCAUCAUCCAGAGCUUCGUCAGGGACAGCCGCACAGAGGUGGCGGGGCCGGCGCGGCGCGGGGCGGGGCCGGGCCCCGGUGAGGAGGGGCUGCGGGAGAUGAACAAGAAGCUGCAGAACCUCCUGGAGGAGCAGCUGACCAAGAACCUGCACCUGGCACAGGACCUGGAGUCGCUGUCGCAGGAGCUGGCGCAGCUCAGGAAGGAACAGGCGACCCCCUCGGGACCCCCCUGAGGGGCGGGGCCGCUCCGGGUGUGGGGGCGCUGCUGCGGGGGAGGCGUUGCCCCUUUAAGACCGGCAUUGCCCCUUUAAGACGGGACGGUUCUUUCCAUGGCGUUGCCCCUUUAAGGGUGGUUGGGGCUCCUUGGCGGGGGUGUUGCCCCUUUAAGAGCUGGGUCGGUCCCUGCCGCGGCGUUGCCGCUUUAAGGAGGAGGUGGUCCCCACUGUGGCAUUACCCGUUUAAGGGGGUCCCGCAUGCGCCCCCCUCCCCACUCCAAUAAACCCGAUGUGAAUCGCU